AUGUCCCAACCCCUAACCCUCAACACAACAUGGCACACCCACCCCCCGGACCCCAGCCUCAGCGCCCUCCUCUUCGACCACCACCGCGCCUCCAUCAUCACCAUCCGCGACGACCAUGAAAUCCGCAUCCCCCCCCAGGAAAAUGUACCCGGGGGUCUGCAAGUGGAGUUGGAACACAAGGGAGCGAUCCGGGACGCGAAAUGGGAUUCUGGGGGGAGGUUGUGGGGUGUUUUGAGGAGUGCGAAGAUGUUGGAGAUAGUAGACGUGAGCUCAACGGGUGGAAAUGCGGUGCCGGUGCAGGAGAUCCUCCGCGACGCCAAUUCUUCCGAUGCAGUGCUUGGGUUCGAGUGGACGUUUGCGGGGGAGUUGGUGGUUGUCGGGGGGACGGGGUUGCAUAUGUACCAGUACAGUAACAGAGAGCAGAAGCUGGUCCUGAAGAAAACGGUCGGGGUGAGGGUGAAUUGGUAUAGCUACUGGGCAGACCACCACGUCCUGGUCGCCUCCAUUGGCCCCUCCGCGCUCCGCCUGUUCUACUUCCGCCCCGACGCGGUGUGCGACCAGCUGGUGCAGAUGACGCUGCAGCCGGCGAAUGCGAAUCAAGGGGUGAGUGCGCAGGUGACGCGGAAGCAGGUUGUUCUGAUGACGAUAUAUGGGAGGUUGUUCUGCGGCUUCUUCGACUUGACGACGCCCACGCCGACACUGGCGCUGUACCGGAUAACCAAAUCCGGUCCGCAUAAGCCGAUCACGUACCAGUUGGAUGCGCGGGGCAGCUUCGUUGCGAGCGUGGUGGAUAGUUUGGUGGUUGUUCAUAACCUCGUCACCAAGAACUACAUGAUAAUCGACCUCAAACACGACCUCACCCUCCCCCUCCUCACCGCCAAACACACAUCCCUCCCGCAAACCGACGACGACUCCUCCCUAGACGACCAAGAAUGGCACCCAAUUCCUCCCUUCUCCCUCCUCCUCCCCACCCGCCAAAUCCUCUACACCAUCCACCUCAACCUCGAAUCAAUCAUAACCGCGAUGGAGGAUUCGGCUACCGAUGUGGAGAUUGUGAAGUUUUUGUUGAGGAGGGAGGGUGGGGAAGUCACGGGGCUGGUUUUAAGGAGGGUGCUGGGGAUGAUGAGGCGGGAGGUUGGGGUGGGGGUGUUGAGGGUGGUGUUUGGGUUGAUUGGGGCGGCUGGGGGGGAAAGGGAGCUGCCGACGCAUGCGUCUGUGGAUUCGAUUAGCUCGUUGGCGAACGGGAUGCAGACGAUAUCGAGACGAUCUACGUCGCAUGGGACGCUGGGGAGUAGGAAUUCUUUGGCUCGGGUACAUGCAGGAGUGGACGAACAGCUAUCACCCUCGAGACUUCCGUAUUGUUUCCAGGAGCUGAUGUAUGCGAACGUGUUUGCGGUCUUGGCCGAGGAGGAGACGCCAUCCACCCCCUACCUAACCCACACCCUCAUCCUCUACCUCUCCUCCCUCCCUCCCACAAAACCGGCCCUCCCAGCCCUCCACGCCCUCCUUUCCACUCUCCUCCUCCGCUCCAAACGCUACACGGAGCUUCACCAAUACGUGCAGUACAAUGUGGUAGAGGACUCGAUCGACGUCGCGCGGCUGCUGUUGGAACGCGAGGGGGAGUAUAGGCCGUUUGCGCAGCUGGGCCUGGACAUGCUGAAGAGGUUGGGGGAGGAGGAAGAGGUUGUGGAGGUUUUACUUGGACGGGGACAGGUCCUCGACGCCCUCCGCUACGCCAUCUCCCGCAAUCUCCCCCAUCCUACCGCCCCCCGUUUCCUCGAAGCCUCACUCGCCCUCAACGACAAAGCCCUCUUCCUCAACGUGUUUAAAUCGUUCGAGGACCGUGGACUCAUCUCGUCGCAUUCGGAUGACCACCUGCUCCUGGGAGGGUAUCCGCAAGCGGGGAACGCGCAAAUGGGCAGAUUUUUGUCGGUUUAUAGGGAGUUGUGGGGCGAGAUUGUUGAGAUGGAGAAUAUGGUUGAUAUGUGA